AUGUGGAGUUUGGCUCCCAACACCCAAAAAUGCUUGAAAGAAGAAUUACAUGCUAACGUGCUGGUUGCUGGAGAAUAUGAAGUAGCUGAUGCAAAUGGUCAAAGAGUCGAUUAUAUAGUAAGAGACUCAAAGGGGCAUAUUCUGUCACAGAAGGACUCUAUAAACAAAGGAAAAUUCACAUUUGUCACAGAAACAUAUGACACAUUUGAAGUCUGUUUCAUAUCCAAAGUACCACCAGAACGCAGGGGUAUCAGUCAAGAAGUCUUUUUAAAUAUAAAAGUUGGAUUUGAGGCUAAAAAUUAUGAAGGUAUUGGUGAAGCUGCCAAAUUGAAGCCAAUGGAGUUGGAGCUGAAAAGGCUGGAAGAUCUUUCAGAAGCUAUAGUUCAAGAUUUUACUCUUAUGCGAAAGCGGGAGGAGGAAAUGAGAGACACCAAUGAGUCGACAAACAACAGAGUGCUGUUCUUCAGCAUAUUCUCCAUGGUGUGUCUCCUGGGGCUGGCAACGUGGCAAGUGCUGUAUCUCCGUCGCUACUUCAAAGCCAAGAAACUAAUAGAA